AUGGCAGGUAACAGUAUCUUCCACCCCGGAGACCUCCAAUCUGGCAUCUCCACCGCCAUCCAACAACACAAACUCGUCGCCUGCUUCAUCCGGGGCGACGACAACCCCACAUCUUCAUUAUGGGAACAGGAAUGGCUGGCCGAAUACGCGGAGAUUAUUGCCGAGAAAGCUGUGUUGCUAAGGAUAGAACAUGGGAGUCAGGAAGCUGGGUUCUUGGGGGCAUUUUGUACGAUUGAGAGGGCGCCGGCGUUGGUGGUAAUACAUAAUGGGCGGGUGCUGGAGAAACUGGGGGCGGAGGUGGGGAAGGAGGAGUGGGAGGAGAGGGUGUUGGGAGCGUUGGGGCUUGGGGGUGGGAUCGAGGAGGAGGAGGAGGAGGUGGAGGAGAAGAGGGUGGGGGAGAAGGAGGUCAAGCUGGGAGAUGAUACGGCUACGGGUGAUGUUGCACAGGCUGUCUCUCAGGCUUCGGCCGCCGUCACAUCUGCUCUCUUCCCCCAGUCGUCGUCAUCAUCGUCGUCAACAUCACAACCACAAUCGCAAUUACAACAAGAAUCGUCUCAAACACCCACCACUCUCUUCCCCGACCGCUCCGCCCGCCUGGAAGCCGAGAAGGCGCAAAGAGAUGCCGACGAGAAAGCAGCACGCACAGCACGACAAGAGGCCCGACGAAAAGAAGCCGAAGAAGCGUACCAACACCACCGAGGCGACAAAGGCAAAGGCCGAGCUACAGAUGCUCCCGCGACGGGGGAUCCUGAUAAAGCCCGCGCAAGAGACGCCUGGCUGUACCAACAGAAACUGCGGAAGGACGAGGCGAAGAAGGAGAAAGAGAGAAUACUAGAGCGUAUCGAAGCGGAUAAAGCAGAACGGCGCCUUCGUGCUCAGCGGGCGAAAGAACCCACCUCCUCAGCAGAAGCACAGGAGUCUCCACUCCCUCAAUCCCGCCUCGCAGCCCAAACCCGCUCAGCAGGCGCAAGCGGAACCUGCGCCCUCCUCAUCCGCCUCUUCGACGGCUCCUCCGUGCGCGGCAAAUUCUCCACCUCCAACACCCUCGGUCGAGACGUCCGAAACUGGAUCAAGGAACAAGCUCCUCAGGGCAGUGGAGGGGCGGAUAUCCCGUUUACCUUCCGGCAGAUCCUGGCUCCGAGGCCGAGUCGGAGUAUUGAGAUGAGUGAGGAGUUUCACACCCUGGCUGAUUUGGAACUGGUGCCUAAUGCUACGCUUGUCCUUGUUCCUGUUGCGGGGAGCGUGUCUGCUUAUGCCGGUGCUGUGGGAGUGGGGGGAGAUGGAUCUUGGCUAGGCUGGGGCUAUGGCCUUGCUUCUUCCGCUGCGCAACGGGCUUCGUAUUUCCUUCCGUCUUUUUCACGCUUAUAUCUCGGUGGGACGGGGGAUCCGGAGGAGAGGGGGAACUCGGAGGGGGCGGCGCAGGCCGGGGCGGAUAGUAGUAGUGCUGGCGCAGAAGGGAUCGGUCUUGGUGCUGGUGCUAUUGGGGGGAGGGUGAGGGUGAAGACCUUGGCGGAUCAACGGGCGGAAGCGGCGAAGAGGCAGAAGAGGACGGAGUUUUAUAAUGGGAAUUCCUCCGCUUUCGAGGGCAGGAAGGGGGAUGACGGGGAGGAUGAUGAAGUCGCAAAGUGA